AGUCAGGAUUCUAGAUUUUUCUCCGUCCAGCCUGUUUUCUUUGACUCUUCCUUGCCUCUCCCGGGCACCUGCUCUCUCUCUCCUAGCACCUGCUGUUCAGUAGGAAGGGCAAGAGCAAUUCCAGGCGGUGCAUUGUGAUUUGUCUCCACCCCUCCUCCCGCGCUUCCUUCUCCACGGCGCCUCUCAGGCUCCGCCCUCACCUGCUCAAGAUAAUUUUAGUUUCUCUGGGCCGGGAAUCUGGAUACACAGGGCUUGCUCCCUAUUCUCCCGCCUCAACUUCCAAAGGCGGGAUAACCCUCCUACCACCUGUAGAGAAGAGAGAAAGGAUUCGAAAUCAAAUCCAAGUGCCUGGGAUCUCUAGACAGAGCCAGACUUUGGGCCCGGUGUCCGGCUCCUGCUGGAGUUGCUCCAGGUGCCAUGGAACUGGAUCUGAGCCCGUCUCAUCUCAGCAGCUCCCCAGAAGAUGUGUGCCCAACUCCUGGGACCUCGCCUGAGACUCCUCCGCCCCCUGAUAACCCUCCGCCAGGGGAUGUGAAGCGGUCGCAGCCUUUGCCCAUCCCGAGCAGCAGGAAACUUCGAGAAGAGUUUCAGGCAACCUCUCUACCCUCCAUCCCCAACCCUUUCCCUGAGCUCUGCAGCCCACCUUCACAGAAACCAAUUCUUGGUGGUUCCUCCGGUGCAAGGGGGCUGCUUCCUCGAGACUCCAGCCGCCUCUAUGUAGUGAAGGUAUACAGUGAGGAUGGGGCCUGCCGGUCUGUGGAGGUGGCGGCGGGAGCCACGGCUCGCCAUGUGUGUGAGAUGCUGGUGCAGCGAGCUCACGCCCUGAGCGAUGAGAGCUGGGGUCUGGUGGAGUGCCACCCCGACCUGGCACUGGAGCGGGGUCUGGAGGACCAUGAGUUUGUGGUGGAAGUGCAGGAGGCCUGGCCUGUGGGUGGAGACAGCCGCUUCAUCUUCCGUAAAAACUUCGCCAAGUAUGAACUAUUCAAGAGCCCUCCACACACCCUGUUCCCAGAAAAGAUGGUCUCCAGCUGUCUAGAUGCACAAACAGGCGUAUCCCAUGAAGACCUCAUCCAGAACUUCCUGAAUGCGGGUAGCUUCCCUGAGAUCCAGGGCUUCCUGCAGCUGCGGGGAUCCGGCCGGGGGUCAGGUCGAAAGCUUUGGAAACGAUUCUUCUGCUUUCUUCGUCGAUCUGGUCUCUACUACUCUACCAAGGGUACCUCCAAGGACCCCAGACACCUACAGUACGUGGCAGAUAUAAACGAGUCCAAUGUCUAUGUGGUGACCCAGGGCCGCAAGCUAUAUGGGAUGCCUACUGACUUCGGCUUUUGUGUCAAGCCCAACAAACUUCGAAAUGGCCACAAGGGGCUCCACAUCUUCUGCAGCGAGGAUGAGCAGAGCCGGACCUGCUGGCUGGCUGCCUUCCGGCUCUUCAAGUACGGGGUACAGCUAUAUAAGAAUUACCAGCAGGCCCAGUCUCGUCACCUGCGCCUAUCCUAUUUGGGGUCUCCACCCUUGAGGAGUGUCUCAGAUAAUACCCUAGUGGCUAUGGACUUCUCUGGCCAUGCUGGGCGUGUCAUUGAUAACCCCCGGGAAGCUCUGAGUGCUGCCAUGGAGGAGGCCCAGGCUUGGAGAAAGAAGACCAACCAUCGCCUUAGCCUGCCCACCCCGUGUUCUGGCUCGAGCCUCAGUGCAGCCAUUCAUCGCACCCAGCCCUGGUUUCAUGGACGCAUCUCCCGGGAGGAGAGCCAGCGGUUAAUUGGACAGCAGGGCCUAGUGGAUGGUGUGUUCCUGGUCCGGGAGAGCCAGCGGAACCCACAGGGCUUCGUCCUGUCCUUGUGCCAUCUGCAGAAAGUCAAGCAUUAUCUCAUUUUGCCAAGUGAAGAUGAAGGCUGCCUUUACUUCAGCAUGGAUGAUGGCCAGACCCGUUUCACAGACCUGCUGCAGCUGGUGGAGUUCCACCAGCUGAACCGAGGCAUCCUGCCCUGUCUGCUGCGCCACUCCUGUGCCCGUGUGGCCCUCUGAGGCUGCACACACUAUUGCAGCCAUGGGGUUGCGUACCACCCUUCUGUUCAGUGGACUCAGUGCAGGGGGGGGGGCGGUAAACAGUGGAAGGGCUCCCCCCACUUUUCUCUCAUUUAUUUUUUUUACCUCUCUCAAGCCAUGAAACAUUUCCCCCCAACCCUGUCCAUCCCUGACUCCUGUCCCCAAGGGAGGCAUUGUGGUCCUGUCCCCUUGGUAGAGCUCCUGAGGCACUGUUCCAGUGAGGGGCAUUAUGAGAAGACUAGGGGCAGCCCAGGUGGUCUCAUGCCCCACCCACACUCUGUACAGACUAAGAGGCCAGUUGAUCUGCUCUAUUUUAUACCAGUGACAAUAAAGAUUAUUUUUUGAUACA